AAGCGCCCAGGACGCACAGGCGUAGUUGCACAAUCAGCGCUCCAAAGGGACUUCAAAAACCAGAGAGCCCUCAGCGCUCAUUCAAUCCUGCCAUCCUGCAGUCGCUGCAAGUGGAUAUUAAUUGCACCCUUAAAGUCUUUUGUUAAUUUUUCUUUGCGUGUGUUAAUUUGCAGAGAGCGUUUGGAGAGCUCGGAUUUUGAGAAGAAAGAUUCUUUUACUUGUGAAGACAUGCAUCGGUGCACAGUGGUGCUACUUUUCUUAGUGGUGGCCUUGUACUUCCUGAGCGCAGAAGCCUACAAGUGCAGGUGCACCAGAAAAGGACCGAAGAUCAGAUACAAGGAUGUUCAAAAGCUGGAGAUCAAACCCAAACACCCGUACUGCCAAGAGAAGAUGAUAUUUGUGACAAUGGAGAAUGUGGCUCGGUUCAAAGGGCAGGAGUAUUGUCUUCAUCCCAAACUCCAGAGUACCAAGAACCUGGUGAAAUGGUUCCGCAUCUGGAAGGACAAGCACAGGGUUUAUGAAGCCUAAAACCUACCAGCAUCCAGUACACAUGCAUCAAGUGAGACAAAUAAAAAAAGGAGAAAAAAAUUCAACAGGACUGUUUUUGCAAACUACAAGAUAUAAUGUACAAUCAAAUUAUGCUUCUCUUUCCUUAGCCUGAGAUCUGUCAAGCACAUUAAGGAAUAUCUUUAGAUUGUGUUUAAGCUGGAAAGGUGGGGUCAUUUUAGUUAAAGUCACUCAGCACUCCAGUCAUUACAACUAUAGUUAUACUUGUCAAAUAGUCAUUAAGACAAACACCGUCUGUGUUCAGACAGUUUGUAUGUUUGUUCAGUUAUUACUGAAAGGGACUUCUUUUUUGCUUUGGCUUUUAGGCCUCUUUUGAAGUGAAGAUUGUAUCAUUAGGUUCAAUAUGGCGAACCUUACUUUGAAAAUAUGGUGUGUGUGUGUGUGUGUGUUUCAGUUGUCAGGAUUUCCACUCCUCUUCACUAUGACAGGUAGGAGAGCAUUAGUACCAACAUUUAGGAUCUGAUUACCUGUGUUUAAGAGGUUAUAUUCAAAAUGCAAAGAGAGGCGGUCAGUUUGCGGUUACAUAUAAUACAGAAAUUAAUAUUGUUCAGUCAGCUAGAGGAGAUCUACCACUGUGUGUUUGUGUGUGUGUGUGUGUGUGUGUGGUGUGGUGGGACUCACACCGUGAUGAUGCUAGUCAUAUGUGUCAAACAAAAACGCAGUACUCUGUUGCAACCAUUUUGUAAAAUAUUAAAUAAUUUUAUCUAAUUAACUGGCAGGGUGUAGUUUCAGAAGAUAUUUAAGACUACAAAUAGUUCAUUUGUGCCAUUGCUACACAAAGUACAGUCUGUGGAUUGGAAUUCAUUUAACAUUGAUUAGUAAACACACUAAGGAAGCAGCAGUUUAGUUCAACAAAAGACCAUCUGUUAUGUAUUUCCGGUAAUUUAAAGAUUUUCUUUUAGUCCGACCUCUUGAAAUAGGUGAGUAAAGAAGCAAUAUCCUGUACAAACUGCCUAAAUAACCACUGAGUUAAACUACAGAGGAUAGUAUCCUUGAAGGGUGGUAUUUCAGAUUUUUUUUGUUAACGUGACCAAUAUCCUAUUAAAAUAUCCAAAUUGAUAAUGUGUUACGCCAUACCUCAGCAUUUCCUAAAUUCUUGAACCUGUAUGUUGCACUUGGCACAAAAUCCAUUCUUUCCUUCUGGAGAAGCAAAUCUUUAAAAAGUGAUAGGAACAAAUACUUUCACUUGAAAAAAGGCUUCCUAAAACAUCUGGGCAUUGUAGUUUUUAGCAAAUGUCAGUAAAACAGUAAAUGUUGCCUUUGCCUUUUUUUAAAAAAACAUAUUUGGUUCUUUACUGAGUAUGGCAGCAUGAUGGUGCCUUCAAAUAAAUCACAGAGACCAUGUCUGUGGUAAUAAAGAACCAUCACAACCAGUGAAUCAAUUUGGCUCAUUUUCAUUUAAUGUUUUUAGUUGCUUUUCUUGACAACAGUGGAGUUCUCUGCAGAGAAAUCAGAUAUAUCUACCUUUGGACAGACAUAUACUCAUUAGUAGGAUUGAUUCCUUGUUGUUACUUUCUUUUUCAUGGCAUUUCUUGACAAUAAGAAAGAUUUCUGAUGCUACAAAACUUAUCCUUGGAUAACUUAUGGAUGGAUAGUGUUAUUAUUUUAUGAAAAAAAACACUCAUUAAUUUGAUUCCAGCAUAUAUCUUGGACCGUGGCAGACAUUUCAUUUGUUCUUCUAAUGGUAAUGCCCCUGUCUCCUACAGGCUUAUAUGGGUGAUGAUACUCUUAUUUGAUCCUGUCUCUCCAAUUGACAGAUCUCCUGAAUAAUGUUGUCAAACAUGUUAUUAUUUUCUAUGCUGUGGAAACUCUUUGUAACCGUAACUGUUGGGUGUCUGUUGCAACCAAACAGAAUUCUCUCACAACUAUAUCUGCAUAUAUACGAGACACCACACAUUCUUUGAAGAAUGUGCAUUACUCUUGUUUUAUAUCUUACAAAUAUAUAUUAAAAAAGCAUUUUGUAAAUGGGCCAGUAUAUAUAUUAGUAUGACUUCAUCUAAGGUCUUGAUAGUGUCAUGUAUAUUGUAUUACUGCAUUAUAGUUGUUUAUGCUAUUUAAAUUGUGGUCUGGUAACAGAUAUUUGGAGGGUAAAUGUUUGGACUGGCCCACCAAACACACAGUUAAACAUCGAAUUGAGUGUAAAACAAUAAACACAGCAAUAAAGCGUCUAUAGAGCA